CUAAAACAGAAUCACUUUCCUUUCACGUGGGAGCUGCACUUCCGGCGUAGAAGAAGACGCGCACGCUGUACUGCUACUGUAGCAGACUGGGAUGUUGCUAACUUCAAACCUUUUCCUGUGCUUGUUUCUCUCCAUCAAUGAUCUCAUCUGUCUGAAAGAAAGGACUGGAAUUUCAAGAAGGGCAGCAGAGCUUCUCUUCAAACAAACCGUAGCUUUGACUGUUUGCUAUUCAUGUUUGGCCCAUUUCCUUGAGGAGGUUCUGCAAGCAUCAGUCCGUCAACAUUUUAAGAGCAAGACAUGAGCAGCCUGGACCAAGACCAGCGUCUCCAUCCCAGUUGCCCUGACAAAACAACAGUCUCCAGUGAUUCAUCGGACACCCAUGAGCUUGCCGAGAAACCUCUCCAAGGUCUAAGAUUGGCAUCGCAUGAGGUUCUGGAGGAAGCGCAGCAGAAGGGCAGGCUAAAGUGCUCUAAAUGUGGAGGAUCAAGGAUGUUCUUUUGCUACACAUGCUGCUCAUUAGUUGGUGUCAACCAGGAAGAAAUCCCUUCAAUCAAGCUUCCUGUGAAGAUAGACAUCAUCAAGCAUCCCAAUGAGACAGACGGCAAGAGCACGGCAAUCCAUGCCAAGAUCCUUGCUCCCAGUGACGUCACCAUAUACACUUACCCCUGCAUACCUGAGUUUGAAACAGAUGAGGCAGUGUUGGUGUUUCCUGGUCCAGGGUCAGUUACAGUGCAAGACAUGUUGCAGUGUUUGCAUGACAGAUCUGACAGAAAGUCUCAUGACUCCCUUGAUGAGCCCGACCCAAAGAGGCGGAGAAGUGAGGAAGCACUUGGGGCCACACACAUUGCUGAAGACCUGGGGUCAAGGACCCCAGAUGAGGCUAAGGGCUUGGAGUCAAGGGUGUAUCCCCUCCAGAGGGUGGUCUUUAUCGACAGCACAUGGAACCAGACCAACAGGAUCAUCACAGAUGAGAGACUGCAAGCUUUGCUCCAGGUGGAGCUGAAGAUGAGGAAAACAUGUUUCUGGCGCCAUCAGAAGGGCAAGCCAGAGACCUACCUGGCUACAAUUGAGGCCAUUUACUACUUCCUUAAGGACUACCAUGAGCUUUGCCUGGCUCAGGAGUACAGUGGAGAAUAUGAUAACCUCCUCUUCUUCUACUCCUACUUGCACUCACUCAUCACCAAAGCCAAGGUUUCAGCUGGAAAAUGCUGAGAGGAAAUGACUGUCAUGAACUGCAGCUAAAGAGCGGAUUUAUCUUCCUGUCAUGUCCAGUUUAUUUCCUGUCUUCAACAGUGAUUUGAUUUCAUAAAGGAAUAUUGUGAC